CAGUAGUACCAACUGUGGCACAAAAAUCGUGCCUGGGAUUCGUAACUUAACCUCUUUGCUGUCAAGAAAGACGAAAAUGCCUAAACCGGAUAGUCAAAAAUAAUUUUCAAUAAAAAUAAUAGAACCUGUGAUAACACGGCUAUAAAAAAUCAUGGCGAUGUUCGAAGUGUUGAGGAAGGACUAUAGCGAUUAUCUGCAGCAGCAUUUCAAGCUGUCGGACGUCUCGUUGUUUCAAAAGAAGUGCGUCGAACGUUGUGCGAAUGACAGCGACAGAAAAGUGGCGAUCGAUCAGGCGCUGCGUGACUCGUUGCUGGCCGUACUGACGGAAAACGCUUCGGGUAACGUGCGCUCCCUCGAAUUGUACAUCACGUUCUGUAUAGAGCUAUGCAGGAAGGAUCUCGCGACGGCGAGUAUGCCAGUGAUGCUACUGGGCGAUAUCUUCGACUCGAUGACGCUGGACAGGUGCGAACAGUUGUUUACCUUCGUGGAGAACAACGUCACCGUGUGGAAGGAAGAUCUGUUUUUUGCUGCCUGCAAGAAUAACUUAUUGAGAAUGUGUAAUGACUUACUGAGAAGAUUGUCGCGUUCGCAACAAACGGUAUUUUGUGGCAGAAUUCUACUGUUUCUCGCAAAGUUCUUUCCUUUCUCCGAGAGAUCCGGCUUGAAUAUCGUUAGCGAAUUCAACCUGGAAAAUCACACGGAAUUUGGCUUGGAAAAAGCAGAAGAAGACAACUUGGAGCAGAUAACGAAGGACGACGACAAGUCAGAAAACAAGAUACCAAUUGAUUAUAAUUUGUACAGAAAGUUUUGGGCUCUACAAGACUUCUUCAGAAAUCCGAAUCAGUGUUAUAAUAAAAUACACUGGAAGGUGUUUUCAGCUCAUGCAUCUAAUGUGCUGUCAGCAUUUGCUUCCUUUAAAUUGGAGGAGCAACGUAGUUACCCUACAACAUGCAUCAAGAUGGAUACUUCUAUGGAAGGCCCUUACAAAGAAACGCACUAUUUUGCAAAAUAUUUGACCAAUCAAAAAUUAUUGGAGUUGCAGCUGUCAGAUUCCAAUUUCAGGCGAUAUGUAUUGCUGCAAUUUCUCAUUCUUUUCCAGUAUCUGAAUAGCACUGUAAAAUUCAAGGCCUUCCUUGCCAGUGGCUAUGAGACAAGUGAGACACACGAACUGAAGCCGGAUCAAGUGGAAUGGGUGAAGACCACUACUGACCAAGUUUAUACUCUACUGACCGAAACACCGCCCGAUGGCCCCACGUUUGCGGAGACCGUGAAGAACAUCUUGAAACGCGAGGAGCAUUGGAAUGCAUGGAAAAAUGAGGGUUGCCCGCCGUUUAAACGACCGACAUCGGAUGUUACUGACGAGGAGCCACGAAAACCGAGGAGAUCGAGACGACGUAUCGGUGAUGUAAUUAGGGACGCGCAAGCGGUUGGAAAAUAUCAUAUGGGAAACCCAGAACUCACUAAAUUAUGGAAUCUAUGUCCAAAUAAUCUCGAAGCAUGCAAAUCUAAGGAUAGAGAUUUUCUUCCAUCCUUAGAAACGUAUUUUGAAGACGCUAUUAUGGAAUUGGAUCCUGCUGCGAUGGUCGAUGAUAAGUAUAAGAAGGUGAACGACGGUAACUUUGGUUGGAGAGCGUUAAGACUGUUAGCGAGACGAAGCCCGCACUUCUUUGUUCAUGGCAAUUAUCCUAUAAAUAAAUUGCCUGAGUAUCUUGAGACAAUGAUUAAGAAAAUUGCCAAGGAUCGUCCACAGACUCAGUCCGAUGUGAAAUUGGAAACCGAGGAAACACCGCCGUCGGAAUCUACCGAUCAAGAAUUUAACGAAGACGUUUUAAAACAGGAAAGCGAACAGGUCGAUGCCGAAAGCGCCGACGUGAAAGCAAGAAAAUUGAAUAAAGUCACACCGGAAAUGGUGGCAAAAUUAUCAGAUAGCCUGAAAAACGAUUGGAAAAAAUUGGCGACGAAAUUUGGUUAUACAAAUGACGAGAUUGCUUUUUUCCAAAGCAAAACAACGCCGUAUGAACAAUGUAAGACUAUGCUUGAGAUAUGGGCAGAAGAGGAUGAAGAUGCAUCAGUCGAGAAUUUAGCUUAUAUUUUGGAAGGUUUAAAAUACACAGAGGCAUUGGCGGUGCUAAAAUCUUAAGUACUCUUUAAUUUAGUGAAUAAAAAUAAUUGUAUCAAUGAAGCACAUACAAAACUGUACUAUAUUUUAUCAUUUGUAAUAAAAUUUUCAAUCUUUUCAUCAUGUA